AGAGUUGGGCUGUGGGCAGCUCCCUGUUGGGAUGACACAGCAGGCGGCUGAGGGGGAUGGCAGGCCUGGUUUCCCUCCUAUUCGUGGGCUUGAUCCUCCUCCUCAGCGCUGUGGCCCAGGGGGAGCACGCUGUGAUCCACGUGGUGUCAGAGACCUGGAGCAAAGACUACUGCAUCCUGUUCAGCUCUGACUAUGUCACCCUACCCCGGGAACUCCACCAUGCCCCACUCAUGCCCCUGCACGAUGGCACCAAGGCAUCUUGGUGCCCAGGCGAGGAUCUUUUCCACCGGGCCCAGAUCAGCUUCUCCAGACCACAAUCCCUCCACCACACCACCGCCAUGGCCAUGGGGGGCAACUGCAGCUUCUACGACAAGGGCUGGCUGGCUCAGAGCCGAGGAGCCCAUGGGCUUCUCAUUGUGAGCCGCGUCAGUGACCAAGAGUGUUCAGAUACCACCCCGGUGUCCCAGGACCCUUGCCAGCCCCUGCCAGACCUCACCAUCCCUGUGGCUGUGCUUCGAUACACAGAUAUGCUCGACAUCCUCAGGCACACAUAUGGUGCCACCACUGUCCGCGUGGCCAUGUAUGUGCCCCCAGAGCCCAUCAUCGACUACAACCUAGUGGUCCUCUUCGUCCUGGCAGUAGGCACCGUGGCCGUGGGUGGCUACUGGGCUGGCAUGAUGGAGGCUUCUUGGCUGCAGCGGCGCCGAGCCCGAGGAGGAGGGGGGCCUGACGGUUACCAUCAGCCGCAGGCAGUGGCAGCUGAGGGACCACCAGGGAUCCAUGAGGACGAAGAUGAUGAGGACUCUCCAGUGGACCUCACAGUGGCCACUGCAGGUGCCGCGGUCACUAUGUCCUGCUCUAUCGUGGUUCUGCUCUACUUCUUCUAUGACUACUUUGUCUAUGUCAUGAUUGGGAUUUUUGGUCUGGGUGCCACCACCGGCCUCUACAGCUGCCUGGUUCCCCUCAUACACCACCUGCCGUUCCAGCAAUACCAGUGGCCACUCCCUGGCCACCAGGCCUCUCUGCAGCUGCCCCAGCUACUGCUAGCGGUUCUGUGCACCCUGGUGACCCUCUUCUGGGUCACCUACCGAAAUGAGGACCACUGGGUGUGGCUUCUGCAGGACCUGCUGGGCAUGGCUUACUGCCUCUUUGUCCUGCGGCAAGUGUGGCUGCCUACAUUCAAGAACUGUACCUGCUUCCUGCUGGCCCUGCUGGCCUUUGAUGUCUUCUUUGUCUUCAUCACACCCCUCUUCACCAAGACUGGUGAGAGCAUCAUGCUGGAGGUUGCCUCAGGCCCAGAAGAUUCUUCAAGCCACGAGAGGCUGCCCAUGGUGCUCAAAGUGCCCCAGCUGCGGGCCUCAGCCUUGACACCGUGUGACCAGCCCUUCUCUAUCCUUGGCUUUGGUGAUAUUGUGGUCCCUGGUUUCCUGGUUGUCUACUGUCACCGCUUUGAUGUGCACAUCCAUUCUCAUCGGGUCUACUUUGUGGCCUGCACCAUAGCUUACGCCAUAGGCCUGACGGUCACCUUCUUGGCCAUGAUUCUCAUGGAGAUGGGCCAGCCUGCCCUGCUCUACUUAGUGUCCAGCACCCUGCUUACCAGUCUGGCUAUGGCCGCCUGCCGCCAAGAGCUCACCCUCUUCUGGACUGGCCAAAGCAGACCUCAGGUACCUUCUCAACCUGUGGCAGGGGUCUGUGUUGUCCCUGAGAGUUGCUCCAAGCAGAGACAGGAGGGCAUAGCAGAUGGCCAUAAAGCCAGUGAGUUUGAGGGGGCCACUGACCAAGGGGCAGGGGACUUGGACAGCAACUCUGGGGAUGACACAGCCGACAUGGUCACCAUAUCUGAAGAUGAAGCCACCAGUCAGGAGGGCCACAGUGAGAACUCUGAGGGCUGGAGUGAUGCCAACCUGGAUCCUGAUGACCUGUCCCCUUCCUCCUCCAGGGCUACAGAGGAUCUGAGGCCACUGAUGCCAGUGGCCAUGUUGAUCCCGUUGAUCCCACUGAUGCCACCACCCUCAGAGCUGGGCCACAUCCAUGCUCAGGCCCAGGCCCAGGAUGCCAGCCUACCCUGGACAGGGCUCCAGAGGAGGAAGGGCUUGAAGGUAGAGAAGAGCAUGUCAACGCAGGCUCCCCUGUGAACCAGAGCCCCUGGGAACUGUGCCUCUGAAAGGGCUGGCAAAACAUUGCAGAGCAAAGUCAUAUGUGAUGAAAAAGAUUGGGGCAUUAGAGAAAUUCCAUAGCUAACUGAGGAGCCUCUUUUCCUGUUAGGAUU